UACACUCCUCCAAGCCCUUACUUACAGACCCCAUCCGAAUGGUUUAGUUUACGGCAGUGGGAAGAGGGAGAACACUGGGGCAGCAGACAGACUGUGUGACAGCUGACUUACUUUACAACACCUUGAGUGAGUGUUUAUCCCAGGACAAGAAAGAAGAGCAAAAUGAGCUGUCCUUGUGCCUAGUGUCUCUACUGAACCUCUGGAGGGCUAAGCGUCACUGAUCAUCUCUCUCUGGAUCUGUGGGUGUGAAGUUUCCCUCCUCCUAACCUCUGAUCUGAGAGAUCCACCUGGGCUCUACAGGACCAUGAGCGCCUCAGCAGCCAACCUCCACAACAAGCGCCUGCCUUGACAUACACCAAUCACACACCAGCCUAAAACCCAGUAGAAACAUGUUCUCAACCCUGGAAACAAUGAAAAGGAAGACCACAACAAAUGAACAUUGUUUCAGUUAUUAAGAUGACUCUUGAUGUGCGCAGACCCCAUUUCUCCUGUCAUCUUCCUGAGUCAGCAUGGCAUGACAGUGGCACAUCUGAUUGUCGGAGACAGAACUUUGUCAGAGGGUCACAGACAUGGAUGCAGCGCAGCAGCUGAAGCUGAGAGAGAGACAGCGCUUCUUUGAGGAGGUCUUUCAGCACGAUGUGGAUGUCUACCUGUCCUCUGCACACCUGCAGGUUGACUACAAGAGGCCUCCGCUUGGCAGUGUGUCAUCCAUGGAGGUGAAUGUGGACAUGCUGGAGCAGAUGGAGCUCUUGGACAUCUCAGACCAGGAAGCCCUGGACGUCUUCCUCAGCUCCAGUGGAGAGGAGGGGGGGCUGGCCUCCCCACUGCCAGUUCAUGGGAUCAACAACAAUAACCAUGAUGGCAUCAUCAAACGUGGACUACAUCGAUGCAUCCACAGCAGCUGUGAUGGAAUGUCUCGCGUGUCCUCCACUUCCUCUACUUCAUCCUCCGACAGCCAGAACGCCAAUAAGGAUGGAGGGGAAACCCCUGUUGUCCAAUCAGAUGAUGAGGAUAUGCAGGCUGACAGGCUCUUACUGAUGGACACUUCUCCAGGGAAGGACAAUGAGAAGGAUCGGCCCGUACUGUCUUCAUAAACAUUCUUUUCACAAGCUG